AUGCCGAUCCCGCAGGACGAGGCGGGAGAGAUUUCGGGAUCUAGGUCGAGGGCAGGGCGGUGGAAGCGGCGCACCCCGGUGGCGGACUGUUCGGGGAAGGCCCAACCGGAAGCCGCGCCGUCAUCGCAGCGAGGCAAGAGGAAAGCCUCCCCGGAGCCGUCGGCCGCAGCAUCGCAGCAGCGAGGCAAGAGCGAAGCCCCCCUGGAGCCGUCCGAGGGAUCCAAGAGGCGGAAGGGAACCACCAAGAAGCGGAAGGGAACUGACAAGAAGAAAGCCGCUACGAGCACGGGCGAGCAGGCGGCCCCAGCUUCACCAGGCGCAUCGCAUGCCUCCUCCUCCUCCUCCUCUGCAGUCAGCUCUCCUCUGCGUUGGCCUCACCCCCCAGCCUACAUCCGAAACCCAGAGAAUGCCCAUGACCCUGCGAUGAAGGAUGCCCUUGAAGCUUAUGACGAGCUCAAAUGCAAGUACCGUGCAAAAAGAAAGCUCCAACAACAGCUUGCAACGCUUGAUAUGUCUAUUUGUGGUUCGUGUAUGGCGAAUGCAAACUUGCAGAGCGUUCGUGAGUCUACUACAAAAACAAUCCUCCAAGCAGCUAAAGUUAUUUUUAGCUUUUCGUCCUAUGUCGAUGGUAAACUCAUGGCACGAUCAUCUGGUUUUCUAAUUGAUUGGGAUGAGGGGAGUAAAGAGGGCACUGUUUUGACAUCUGCGCGAAUAAUCUGCUCAAAAUACACGGCCCUAACCCAGUGGUCAGGUACAGAUGAGUAUGUACCUGAUGCUGAGAUUAUUGCUCAUUUGUUGGAUGAAGAUGAGACAACCGUACCUGCAAUCUUGUUUCGCUAUGACAAGCACAUCAAUAUUGCCGUGUUGAAGGUUAAUUUAGACUUGUGUGCUAAGAUUCCUAGGUUUAGUAGUGACAUAAACUAUGGUCAGGAGAUACUUGUGCUCGGUAGAGAUGAACGUUUAAACAUGACAAUUGCUCAUGGAUGUGUUCAUUUCAUGGGCCCAACUACAUACCAACGUCAUCAUUAUCUAUUCACUGGUUGUGAGCCCAGCAUUGGAGGAAUGGUUAUUGAUUUUGAUGGGCACGUUUUGGGGAUGGCUAAUUUUCCCGGGACAGCAUAUAUUCCUUCCUCUAUUGUAUUGAAGUGCUUGGAUAUGUGGAAAAAAUUUCAGUGUAUCCCUCGCCUGCAUAUUGGGAUGAAGCUUUCACCCAUUAAAUUUCUCGAUCCAAUUCAUGUGGAGAGGAUCUUUCGAAAGUGUAAUAUCGAUUCGGGUCUGAUAGUUAAAGAGGUGUCCCAUGGAUCGAUUGCUGAAGAACUAGGAGUUAGACCUGGUGAUGUCGUUGAUUCCGUGAAUGGAGAGUGUGUUGCUACCACAGUUGAGUUGGAGAACUUAAUUAUGAGAAUAUGCGAGAAUCAUCUUGACCAAGGAGGAGCCAUCGGUUCCUGCAUGGACAUUCUAGUUGGUAUCUUGCACAUGCGGAAAGGUCGCAAAGGUCCGAGGCGCACUUUAAGUCUGAGAUUAAAUGUAUCAGACGACGUAGAGGUGUAA